AAUCAUUCUCAUUCAAUGACCAGAAAAUAUUUAAAAAAGGUUCUUUUUUGGCUCUUGACUUCUUUCAGCUUCACCAUUUUGGUGUUAGGACACCCCUCCCUACUUUUUUCAUUCUGAGGUUGAUUUGGUUUCAGAAAAGGUUCUGUUGUAUCUGCAGAGCUGCUCCCGGGGUUCUAAGCAGCAGAACUCAGAACCCAGCUACUUUUCAACUGUUCCAGCCAUAAAACCUGAGCAGCUGGAACCUUGAGAAGGUUUCAUGGAGGGACCAACUCUGGACCAGCAGAACCUCCUCUGGAACAAAGGUUCUGCUGGAGGAAGGUUCUGGAGGCAGACUGGGUUCUUACUGCAGAAAGAAAAGGAACAUUUCUCAACGUUUUUAUGCAUAACUGAUGACGUAUUUCCGCUGCAGGCUGACCUUCUUGUCCCGGGCUCGGUUCGACCCGCACAUGUCCGGAACUCAGCUGCUGUUUAGGUCCCAGCCUGUGACGUCACCGCCAGGCUUUUAUUUUGAAAGUCUUGGGGCCGACCAGCAGCCGGAAGCAGAAAAGAAGAUUCGACAGUCGAAGCUCCGAACUCACCUGGAGAACAGGUGCCUCCAGAACCCGGGCCCGUUUCCUGCACACAUGGCCUUGAUAUCCUUGGAAGACCUCGAGGGAUUGGAUGAGGAGAAUCUGGAUGAUGACAUCACUGACAACACUGAGCCAAUGGUUGAGGAGGAGAGGCUGCUGAGCCACUGGCAGGCGGUGGCCAGCACCCACCAGGUGUCGGUUCCUGCAGAAAUGACCGGCCCCAUCCAGGAAAUGACCCGGAACAGCCAGCAGAGGGAGGCCCUGCCUUUCAGCCUCAUCUCACGCCAAGAGAAGACAGGCGAGGUUCUGUAUGAGGAGCGGCUCUACCCAGCAGGCACCUGGGCCAGCGUGACGCGCGGGGAGGACCUGUACGAGCAGAGCAUCUCCAUGGCCUUCAUGAAGCUGAUGCGCUUCAUCUGCAAGGAGAACUCCGCCGGUAGAUACCUGGGCAUGACGGUCCCAGUCGUCAGCAGCAUCCAGGUGACAAAAGACGGCGAGACGUUUGAUAAGAACGUGGAGACGGCGUUCUUCCUUCCUGCUGAGUUCCAGAGCAGCGCGCCGCAUUCCUUGGACCCGGACAUCCGCAUCACCCACAGGGAGCCAAUCAGGGUGAUUGCCAGGACGUUCUAUGGGACGACCACGGAGCAGACUGUGAGCUGGCAGAUCCGUCUCCUGUGGGAGCUGCUGGACCUCGGCGACGCCGUCCACCGCGACCGCUACAUGGUGGCUGUGUACGACAACCCAGCAUCGCCCCGGCGCCGUAACGAGAUCUGGUUCAUCCGCAGAGACCUGUAGGCUCCGCCCACAGGGCGCCUCUUUAUUAGAAGGACCAAUCAGAUUUCCUGUGAGCAAACAUCUCCUGGCCCUCACAGGAAGUUCUGUGUGAUUGGUUGCUGCUGGACACAGGCUCAACUUCCUGUUCCUGACAAUCACUUCCUGCUUCGCUCCGACACAGU